UGUUUCCUUCCCUAUUACAGUCUCCAUCCAGGAAACAAUUAUGCACAAAAUGGCCAUGUUUUCUUCAUAUUUAAUAUAGCAACAUGUCGGCAUUGAUUCUGGUUUUUUGUUUAAUUUUGUUCUACACCUUUAUUUCUUUAUCAGACGGUAAAGUAGAACAGUGGUAUGAUGCCGUCAAUUUAUGUAAACAACAAGGACAAAUAUUACUUCCGGAAAUAACUAGCAACGAAUCUAGAUUUGGAUACAGACAGAAUACAACAAUGUGGACAUCUAGUUAUAUUUUGUCUGUGGACUAUGUUAAACACACAGCGCUGUACGUUGAGCAAAUACCAGUAACAGAAGUUCAUCGGGGACUUUGUUAUGAUAAAAAGAAUUCGGAUAAACUAAUUGUCUUGAACGUUCCUCUAAACUAUUCCUAUCAAGACUUCAAAUGCAAGUGGGAUUACAUUGGGUCAGGAAAUCAUCCCGAUUCUUUACUAAAUAUUACAAAACUAAGCGUUGUAAGAGAAGUGGUUGAUGUCAUGGACUUUGGACAGAAGUAUUGGCUUAGUGACAUAAGCGAAAGCGUGUAUAGUUUAGUACAGCAAUGUGAAGUGUUUAUUCACGUAGCAAAUUCUACAUUGAGUGGGAAGUUUUAUACUAAAAUGCGUUAUUGUGAUGAUAUGAAUACUUAUAAAUGCAUUGAUGGAAAGAAAUACAGAACAGCUGUCUCACUGGUAAAAUAUCUACACCACAGCUAUUGGAAUGAUCAUGGAAGGAAGAGGAUGAAUUACUCUGGAGGACUUGUAUGGCAAUUUUCAAUUAUUGGUACGUUAGGAGGAGUCAUUUUGAUUGGGUUAACUGUUACCUGCUUGAUUAUAAAGCGAUCAAUCGGUAACUUGAAGCGUGAAGUUCAAAGACUGAAGCAACAAAGAUUUGAACAUCCAAUGUAUGGUACUGACCAGAUUCAAAUGAUACAGAGCAGUGUACCAGAACCGCAAACGCCAAUAUCACCCACAGGUUCAUCUUUGUAUGAAAAUUUUCUGAAUUCAGGUACAUCAGGAGAAUCAAAUGUAACUGUUAGUUACUUGACAUCGACACAGGUUCAGCGCACAGUGGAAGUCACAGAAACACACAAUGCAACAUCCCAAGAUUACAGCGACGGUUUCAGUCCACAUUUUCUUCCUCCAUUAAAAAUCCCCCAACACCGUCCUAUAAUUAGACAUACUUCACUUGUAAAUAGCACGGACGGGCAAGUAAAAAUGCUUCAUUGCAGACAAACGUCGACUGAACCGGCAUCUUCCAGAAUGUUUCCAUUACAACACUGCCUACGUGGAAUGCCGAUCGAAUGGUUUAAAACCGACGAUGAUGUUUACAUCCAUGGAUCUACCAACUCAACAAACAAACCAAGCCCUAGACCAUGCACUACAAACAUUGAAUCAAGAGUUUCAAGUAAAAGUGAACAAGCAAGCGCCUUAUAUUUGAACACGGGGCACUCGGCUGAUUUGGAAAAUCCAGAUAUUGAAAUCGAUGGGGAAGAUUAUGAAAACAUUUGGGAAAAAAAUAUUUAAGAUUGUAUUUACUUGCGUAAAUAUAAUUCGUACGAAUUCAGUCUUUAAUUAUAUUCAUACGUUAGAAUAUACGCCAAAAAACUCAUAGAUUUAUUAUAAGAUAAUCACUGUUUGAUCUGUACAUAGAAUUUUGUAUAUUUUGACUGUAUAUAUUAUACGUGUAUUAUAUUAG